UUGAAGAAAUCUAAUAGCAUAAAUAUACGCUUUAUACUACUACUAUACGGGAGUGAAACCGCGAUGUACAGCUCAAACUAAAACCAAAGUCGCAACAAAAUAAUGAUCUCGGUCAAAAUCAAGUGACGACUCAUUUGAUUUAAAAAAAUGAAAUUGAAAAAGUAUAAGUACAAAGUAAUAAUCUAGAAGGCUUUGUUAAUAUUUAUUAUUAUAAACAAUUUUGUACGACUUUGAUUAAAAUGCUAAAUGAGGAAGAUAAACCUCUAACUAUCAGUACUUGUAUAACUAAAAAACGUAGGUAUUCAGAUAAAUUGCUGGUUUCGUCUUCACAUAAACAAAACGAUGUAACGAAAAAGAAAUGCAGUAAAUUACCCAAUGACGAUUUGAAAAAAUACAUUUUACCGAAUAAUAUACUUUUAUCAAUAGCUAAACUUAAAAAACCUGAAUUUACUUUACCUUUAAAAUAUUACUGUAAGCAACAGGACAGAGAUCAAUUCAAACGAAAAUUAACUAUUGGUGUGAGUGAGAAAUAUAAAAUUGUAAGCGCCGAUCUGCGAAAGCGUUUAUAUGUAAGUAAUCCGGUAAAUGAUAUUAACUCGGAUUUUGAUGUAGAUGCUGACUAUUAUAGAUAUUUAGAUGGACGUCCAUUACAACUUCAUAAUCCAGGUUUUAAAUCAUUUAGAGAAUGCGUUAAACAAAUAUUGCACCUAAAAUAUGAGGUUGGAAUAAAGAGAGAUGGCAUUUUCAAUUUAGAAACAAAUUAUCGUAAUGAACUUGAUAUUUACUCUUUGUCUGUGAAGAGGUUAACCGAUCAAGCGAAAUAUUUCGACGCAUUUAUAUCAGAGGAUUAUAAAAAAUCUAUGGAGUUUCUAGCUAAAUGGGAUAAACUUAAAUUUCAAGUAGAUUCAAAGAUCAAAGAGUUACAAGCAACGGGCACUGAACAAUUUUCUCUUAAGUCUAGGCUUAUUGGCUUGGAAUAUAAGUACAGUGUUCAGUUAAAAUAUGGAAGAUUUUUGUAUUACUUGUCUCCGCCAAUAUGGCGUUUGAAUAACAGGGAAUUUGCCAGAUCUGUUGAGAUCGAAGCUAAAGGUUUCGAUUAUGGAAAUUCCCAUGAUGAAGACACUUUUGCAAUAUUAUUUGAGAAGAUGCGUAAAAUAUGCUAUGGCAAUACAAUUAGUCCAGCCCUUUAUUUUACUCAAGCAAAUGAUCUCAUGACUGUUUUCAAUGAAAUGGAAAACCAACAGCUGUAUUACUACACACAUAUAAGCCAUUUGGUUCCACUGAUAAAGAUGCUUAAAGAAGAAAUAAAAUCGUUAAAGGAAGUAAUCUUACAGGAGUAUGCAAUGGUUGCUAGCUUAAUUAAAAAAUACGAAAUUUUGCUAUCAUGUAGUGAAGAAAGGUGCACUGAAUUAGAGCUUAAAUUUUAUAAAAUAUUAUUUGGAUUUUUUUACAAUACAGUCGGUGUACCGGACUUUUUAAAAUUAGUUUUACAUUUAGAGUUUUGUUAUGAAAAAAUAUUUCAAGAAAGACCGAUAAAUAUAGAUAUAACCGUCAUAGCAAAGUCUAUUGAAAUAUUCUACAUGGAUUAUUCGAAACAAUUAGAUGAAAUCCGAAGUAACACUGUAAGACGUGCUAUGUUGAAAUGCGAAGAGACAGAACGUUUAAAAGUUGAGAAAGCGAAACUGGCUGCUAAGGAAUUGCGUCUAUUUCAUAGAUUAGAGCGGGAAUUACUAAGGGCUUAUGGAAUAGCUGCCGACCGUGUUUACACACCGAUUAAAAAAAAAUGUGGUAAAAAUAAAAGAAAACUUACGAGUACAUCAUCAAAUAAGCUAAUAACAAAACAAAAAGAAAGUAAAUCGUUAACUGAUGUUGAGUUUGAGUAUUUGCGACUUUUCACUGACUGGACCGAGAAUGAAGACCCAGUUAAUUGUCUCCAAUCUUACGUUUGA